UGGUCGGUACCUAGUGAACUUAAUAUUCUGUAUUUUGUCAUAUGGUUCCCUGACAGGUUCAAUAAGAACGGCAUCGAUCUGAACAGAAACUUCCCAGAUGCCUUCUCUAAGAAGGAGAGUGGAAUGAGAGAGAUGGAGGUGAGAGCCAUUAUGGACUGGCUGAAGACUGAGAGCUUCGUCCUGUCGGCCAACCUGCACGGUGGGGCUGUGGUGGCCAGCUACCCCUACGACAACAGCAAUGGAGUGAGCUGCAGAGUGGAUCCAGUGUUUCCCGACAACGACGUGUUGAUCCAGCUGGCUAAGACCUACUCCUACACCCACAGCCAGAUGCACAAGGAGACCACUGUUCACGACUCCAAGGACUUUAAGGAGGGUAUCACCAAUGGCUACUACUGGUACCCUCUACCAGGAGGGAUGCAGGACUAUAACUACGUGUGGGGCCAGUGUCCAGAGAUCACCUUGGAGCUCGUCCUGUUGUGGAAAUUCCCUCCAGAGAGUGAUCUGCCUGGGCUCUGGGACGCCAACCAGGCCGCGCUGCUGGCAUACAUGCAACAGGUCCAUCUGG